AUGUGUGGUAUUUUCGCUUGUCACAAGCACGAAUCGGUAGACAAAUUCAAGGCCGAUGCUCUACAAUUAUCCAAAAGAAUCAGACACCGUGGUCCUGACUGGUCAGGAAACUGCGUGAAAAACUCGACAUUGUUGGCCCACGAAAGAUUGGCUAUUGUAGGACUUGAUUCUGGUGCGCAACCAAUCAUCUCGCCAGAUGGUCACUAUUCGCUGGCCGUUAACGGUGAAAUCUACAACCACAUCCAACUGAGAGAGGAAUUCUCUUCGUACCCAUUUCAAACUUUGUCCGAUUGCGAAUCCAUCAUCCCGCUUUAUGAAAAAUAUGGCAUCGAUGCCCCCAAGCACUUGGACGGUAUGUUUGCAUGGGUAUUGUACGACUCCAAGAAGGACCUCAUUGUCGCCGCUAGAGAUCCAAUUGGUAUCACCACACUAUACAUGGGUCGCGAUUCCAAGAGCCCCAAGACAGUUUACUUUGCCUCGGAACUGAAGUGUCUCACAGACAACUGUGAUGAUAUCAUCGCUUUUCCUCCAGGCCAUGUCUACAACUCUGAGACCGACCAGAUCACACGCUACUUCGCUCCAGAAUGGCUUGAUGAAAGUCGUGUUCCUUCUGAGCCCGUGGACUACCUGACGAUCCGCCAAUCGUUGGAGAAAGCUGUGAGAAAGAGACUUAUGGCUGAGGUUCCUUACGGUGUGCUUUUGUCUGGUGGUUUAGACUCUUCGUUGAUCGCCUCCAUUGCUGCUAGAGAGACCGAAAAGGCUAACAAGAAAUUGAACGCUGCCGAAUACGACUCCGCAGAGAAGCAUUUGGCUGGUGUCGACGAUGCCGGAAACCUACACAGUGCCGGGUGGUCGCGUCUCCACUCUUUCGCCAUUGGUCUACCAAAUGCUCCAGAUUUGCAAGCUGCCCGUAAGGUUGCCAAGUUUAUCGGCUCUAUUCACCACGAACACACUUUCACCCUGCAGGAAGGUUUGGAUGCUUUAGACGACGUUAUCCACCAUCUGGAAACCUACGAUGUUACUACCAUCAGAGCCUCGACUCCAAUGUUUUUGCUUUCUAGAAAGAUUAAAGCACAAGGUGUUAAGAUGGUGUUGUCCGGUGAAGGUUCCGACGAAAUUUUCGGCGGGUACUUGUAUUUCGCUCAGGCUCCUUCUGCUACCGAAUUCCACUCAGAAACGGUCAAGCGUGUUCAGAACUUGCAUUUGGCCGACUGUUUGAGGGCCAACAAGUCGACUAUGGCUUGGGGGUUGGAGGCCCGUGUCCCAUUCUUGGACAAGGAAUUUUUGGACCUAUGUAUGAACUUGGAUCCAAAGGAGAAGAUGAUUAAGUCUUCUGAGGGUCGUAUUGAAAAAUACAUUCUAAGAAAAGCAUUUGACACCAGCGAUGAACCAGACGUGAAGCCAUAUUUGCCGGAAGAGAUUCUAUGGAGACAAAAGGAACAAUUCUCGGAUGGUGUUGGAUACUCUUGGAUCGAUGGUCUCAAGGACGCCGCCGAGGCAUCUAUCUCCGAUGAGCAGUUCAAGCAACCCAAGGCGGAAUGGGGUGACGACAUCCCAACUACCAAGGAAGCUUACUGGUACAGACUGAAGUUCGAUGCUCUUUUCCCACAGAAAACCGCUGCCUCUACUGUGAUGAGGUGGAUUCCAAAGGCCGACUGGGGUUGUGCGGAGGAUCCAUCCGGGAGAUUUGCCAAGAUUCAUGACCAGCACAUCAAAAAUUAA